AUGCCUGGCGGUGCAUUCGGUCCUCCCAAGCUGCGCCCUCUCCUCGUCGUAAGAGGCGUUGCGGGUUUCUUCGGUAUCUGGGGCUUCUACGUCUCUCUACGCUAUCUCGCAUUAGCUGAGGCGACUCUGAUUAACUUCCUCGCGCCAAUUCUUGCUGCCCUUCUCCUCGGCUUGUUGCCAGGUCAGCAGCGCUGCUCUGUCGCUCAAGUCCUCGCAGCUCUAGUUGCGGUCAUCGGCUUACUAUGCGUAUUGCAGCCUUGGAGCGCCCAUAUAACGAAUACGCCUAGAGCACACGCGCUGGCCAUCGGUGCGGCACUUAUCGGUGUCCUCGGCGGCGCAGUCUCGUUUUUGACCAUGUCGUGCCUAGGAGAGCACGUACAUCCGAUGACGACGGUUGCAUACUUUGCGCCCAUAUGUACGCUCCUCAGCGGCGCAUCGCUCAUCAUACAGCAGCAAGGCUUGAACUUCCCAUCUACCGCUGUAGGAUGGCUGUUCGUGUGCGUGCUGGGCAUAUUGGGGUUCGCUAUGCAUUGGCUCUUGGCUGCGAGCUUGAUGACCGGCGAUUCGAAGAGAGCGCUUCACAUAGUAAACUUGCAGGUAGUGUUCGCUAUGUUAGCGGAUAAGAUUGUAUGGACACUGGAGCCGGGAUGGUGGAAGGUCGCUGGUGCGGUAUUGAUCGUGGGCAGCGUUGUAUUUGUUGCGGCUGUGAAGGAACCUCAAGGAUACACACUGGUUGGAGAAGUCGACGAAGAAGAGAAGAUUGAGACUGAAGGUGCCAUUCAAUGA